GCCCUUGAGCAGAGCAGACUGAAGCGAGAGGCAGAAGCGACACAAUGAGCACCGGGGUAAGAGAAUGGGCGACUACAGCCUCCGUGGUGGUUGCUGCAGCUGCCGUGGGAUAUAUCGCAUACAAAUCCCUCUGCUGUAAAGAGAAAUGCUGCAAAGCUAAGGUGAAUCUUGAGGUCCAGAAGGACAAUCCCAAAGUGGUGCACGCAUUUGACAUGGAAGACUUGGGAGAUAAAGCCGUCUACUGCCGCUGCUGGCGAUCCAAAAAGUUUCCAUAUUGUGAUGGCGCUCACACAAAGCAUAACGAGGAAACCGGUGACAACGUGGGCCCCUUAAUCAUCAAGAAAAAGGAAUCCUAAAGCAACAAAACUCCAUCCGCAGCGCUGAUCCGUCAGGAUAUUAUAAUCUGCUGCGUCUGUAGUGUCAGUCUACCCAUCUAGGAGUUCUUUAUGGGAUAGUCCUAUGUAUAAGAAAGAUGGCUGCCUGAGUGUGUGUCUCCUGCCUUAAAUGUCUUUGUCCCUCAGCAAAUAAGGGCCCAGUGCCACAUUGGGGGGGUGCAGUAAAUAAUAGGAGGAAUGGUUUCUGUUUCUAUCGCUAUGGUUUUAAGGUAAUUACAAUAAUCUCAAAAUCACAUAAAAUAGAAUGUUAAAAGACCAGUAACAUCAUUUUUUUUUUUUUUAAUUUGUUAGUAUACAAAUGAAACUUUGAAAUCGCUAAGUCUUUAUCAAGAAAUAACUUGCAAAAACUCCGUUUGCACUCCACUUCAGAAAAGGCGAUCCAUCAUGCGGCGCUCGAUUUCUCCUCCCUGCCUUCUUUAUAGAUAACCAGGGAGAAUAAAUCGAGCGACGCACGGUGGAUCUUCACCUUUUCUGAAGAGGAGCGCAAGCAGAGUUUCGUUAAGUUAUUUCUUAAUAACGACUUAGUGAUUUCAAAGUUUCAUGUGGUCCUUUAAGUGAAAAAUAAGACCAGCAUAUUUCAUCUCUUAUCUUUCUGUAUCUAUUAUAAAUGAGCUGUUAUGUGUGAGAUAUAGAUAUACCCCCCGUCUUGAGUCAGUUUCCCAGUUAAAAAAAACUUCCAAUAACACAUGCACCCCCAGUGUAACUGUCUGACGCUAUAACUGAAUUCCUACUUAUAUGUUCCCUUUAAUUCUAUAGCUGAUAGGUCUGAUGUUCUUGCCAGUCCCUUAUCUUCUUACUGCAUUCCCUCCACUGUGCAAUAGUAUUGAAGCCUAUACCUGGGGGGGGGGGGUAUUGUGAUGCACUUGUCCCUGAUUGUCAGAGGGUUCAGUCUUAAUUUUUAUGUAAAAACCUGAAAUGCCACUAUUUGUGUGUGUGAUGUUCAGAGGCCUGAAUACCUGUGUAUUUUUUUUUUUUUCUCCUUCCACUGCUAAAUGCAGAUUAGCAAAUGAUGACAUUGGAAUGUAUACGAGAUUCAUAGACAUUAAAUUAUUUACAAGU